UAGCGCCAUCUAUGGGUUGUAUAGCGUAACGUUCAUGUCGAGCAUGUUACGAACCUAAACCAAAGGCAAAACAUAUUGCGUCUAAAUAUCGCUUCUUAACAUCCUCAUUAUGUCAUCUAAAGGAGGUCCACGAGCAGCAGGUACAGAUGGCAGUGACUUUCAACAUCGAGAACAAGUUGCGUCUCAGUAUAAGACAAGUGUCCAACUGAAGUCCAAGUUCCGCACCUGCCUCUACAUAAACAUCUUGGUAGUCCUAAUCCAAGUGGUGAUGUUUGCUGGAGCUCACUUCCACAUCAUUCCAUCUGACUUCUACCCAUCACCAUGGCAAUACACCUGGAUGUUGAGUGGAGUGGUGUCUCUGAUUGGUCUCAAUGCUCUUGCUAAGAAUAAGAAGGAGAUGUUGAGUUUGCACGAUCUUGGUCUCACAAUCUUUGGUUUUGGUGGCAUCUUCUUUGGAUUCACUUCUCAAUAUUCAUCUCAUCAACGAUAUAUAGCAUCAGGAGAAACGAAAAGGAUUGCAGAUAUUCCUCUUCAUUAUAUUUGGGUGUUUGUGCUUGCUUCGAAUGCCAUCAAUUAUCUUGCAACAUAUGUCUACUCUAUCAGACUAAAAGCAGCAUGGAACGUUAGAAAAACAAGAUGAAAUAUUCUUGUCUUUAUCAUUAACAGUAUUUGUGCUUUUGAUUUUGAUUAAAAUCAAUUUCAAUUUCAAGAUGGCCUUGUCUUCCCAUUUUAUCCAAAUGAUCUUUAAACAACAAAACUUGUAUAAGGACCAAUUGAAUGAUAGAUACUCGCAUAAAGCAGUGUACUGUUGUAAAGAUGUUAUUAGGGAAAAGUAGAAUGUUAUAUGAUGUAAUUUAGUAAAGGAUUCCCCUCCCCCUUUACAUUUUGUUAGGAUUUACAGGUGUACAUGUAGAUUGAGAUAGGAUGUAGAUGUAGUAUAAUAUUGACACAUUAAAGCGGACAAAAUUAGAGAAAAGAUCAGUAAAAGUUUGUGGGGAAAAUUUAAAAUUAUGACUUAUAAAAAAUGCAACUCUGUGACUUACCAUCUUAAGCAUAUCUCCCAUUUGCCUUCUAUUGAAAUUUGCAUCAAUUUAUAUUUUGAAGGAUAAAACAUUGAUGUAGGAUAAGGUCUUUUUCAUAAAGAGGUUUUGUUAAAGACAUUUACAUUUAGGGUGCAUUUAUGGUAUAUAGUUGAUAAUAAGAAUAACAAUAUUAUCUCAUUUACCCAGUGUAGCCUUAUCAGUAUAACUAAUGUUCUCCCUGAGGGCCCUGCAAUGAUAUCAUAAGAUGGGCUCUACUCGGGGGUCGUAUUCUGAAAAACAAUGUUAUCUUUUAGGUAGAAAAACAUUGAUAAUUAUCACAACAAACAAAAGUUGGGACAAGUCAUUGAUUGAUAUCUGACCAAAGCUAUUAGAUCAAAAGUAAUAAAAGUAUGUAUCGAUGUACAUGUACAUGUAGUACUAGUAGCCUUUGACGAUAAAGAAAGUUCUUAAAAAUUUGAUGUUUGAAAAUUUGAAGAGCUUAUACUUUAUAUCAAAUGGGACCAAUCACUGAAAAGAAUUAUUCCCCUUCAUAGCACCAGGAGGUGAUAGCACCAAGUGUGUAAGUGAAAAUCUUUCAUCCGAGCAUCUAAUAACCGUCUAAACACCACAGGUAGCAAAAUAAUGUAGUACCUCUACAAAUAUUCAGUGAAUGUAGACAAUGUAGUUUAGUUGUAUGUCUUGCGGCCCAUGGGAUCGCUGAUCUCCAGAAUAGCGGAGGGAGAACAAGAUGAUGAUGAAUGUACAUGUAGAUGAUAAAAGAAAGACAAAUUUUUGUAGAAGUGGAAGAAGGGAGAAUUCUAAAAUGAAUUUGCACUUGAAAGUAUGUAUUUAUAAAUACACAUACCUGUGGUACAGAUAAGGUACUUCAAGCGAUUUGAUGUAGAUUAGAUGUACUUCAAAUGUAACAGUCAUUCUGUAUCGGAAGUAGUGGAGAAUAGUUUGGAAAACUUGUAGAAACAAAAGAAAUGCAUCUUUUUUUCCAUUGUUUUACAGUGAACCUUUUUUGAGUGAGAAAGGAAAAAGAAGGUUAGGUUUGGUUAUCAUGCAUUCAAUCUAGAUUCUACAUCUCAAACUGCUUGAAAUUUUCAGUUAACAUGACCGUUUGUCAAAACAUGUACGGUAUAUGUUGUAAGAGAAAUGAAACGCCUUUUAUACACUCACUCGUUUUGUGGAUGGGCUGUAUAAACACACUUUGGAAAAUGAGUAAAAAAAAAUCACCUUUUUUUUCCAAUGACCUAUCCAGAGUAGGUUUGAGAGUAAACCUCAUGGAUAAAAGAAUAUUACCACAUGUGUACACAACAUUUGCAAGAAGUGAAUAAUAUUGUGGUAAAACAAUUGAAAGAUCAGGAAUGAAGUGAAAUUCAUAAAUUGUGUUAGGACUUCAGAUUUCCUUCUUUUUUAAAAGACAUAUUUUGGCGAGUACCAAGUUGUGUUCCAUACACUACACUAUUACAUUACCAAAUACAUCUACGAUUCUUGUUUAUAUUAUGAUUAUGGCCAGUAAAUAGCCCAACUUGAGUUUUGAUCAGACCAAAUCCCAAGGAAAAUGACCCUUUGGAUGCUAAUUGGUGUUCCUUAUUCUUGGUCAUGACUGGGACAGCCUUUCGUGUAUCUUGGACUUGUCCAUUUUAGCAAAAAAACUUUUUUUGCUCAUCCAUAUUAAUGGAAACUUAGCAAGAAGUGUGUUGGUAUAUUUAUUCAAACUUGAGACCAUCUCUGUUAGACUGCAUAGGAGAGAGAGGGAGGGGCAGUGUUAUUUUUGUUUAGUUUGUUUGUUGGAAUCAAAUGUUGUUUAAAGAUGUUUGGAGAUGCUUUCAUUCCUUUUGACACGUCAAUAACAAUUUAAAGCAAUAUAUUGUGAAAAGAGAUAUGAAAUUAAAUUUCUGAAACAAAAAUAUA